AAUCGCAAGAUUAACAAAGAAUUCCAACGAAAAGAGGUGUUCUCGUAGGUGUUGUCGAAGCACAAAGCUCUGUAGUAUUAAGAGAAGGUCACCAAUGAUUUUAAGGCCCCGCCUACCGUGCAGUGGUUGGAAGCAACCCCUAGUCAGGGUAGCCCGCGCAGGGCUGAUUUCUCUACCACGUUGUGGGCGUAGACGUACCAUAGACACAACCCCCGAUGCAUACACCCCGUCUUUUCACUGUUCACUGAGAUCAAAUCACUCGUCUCAGUUCUAUCUUUGAUCUUGACGGUGCAGUAACGUGACUUUUAAAUUACGGGACAGUUCGUGUGAUCUGUUCGGUCUGUCGAUAACCCGUGACAUUUUCGUGAAAUCUGUGACGAACGCUUUUGGAAAAAUAAAAGUCUGAAAGGGGGGACGAGAAUGAAUCAAGAUCAAGAAGUACCAGCUACGACAACGGAUCUAGCUAGACUGCCGAGCGAGGAAUUCAACAGGCUAAACGAGCCGCUUCAAACAGUUGCCACAGGAUAUUGUCCGACAAGCUAUCCCGUGACGCAGUCGAACACCGAGGAGAAGCUGCAUCCCGAAAAUGAAAUAUACCCGACACAGGAAUAUAGACAAGAAUCAUGGCUUCAAGAUGGUAGCAGCUGCGAAACGGAAGAUAGCGAGCAGUACGUGCCGGAGUUCCAUCGUAUGUCAAACGUGAAACAGGAAUCCGCUAACUGCAGAAGAAUCAACGAUAGUAAUUAUUCGCAGUAUCAAUCGCAAAGUACCACCUUCCUCGACCUCGAUCCUGAGAAUCGCAAUAAUUGCUUUGGAAAUAGCAAGAUGAAUUCGCGGACGAGCGAAAGCACGAAGAAUGUAGCGGUGAAGGAGGAACCAGCGGACAGAGGAUAUGGGGAGCCGAUAACCGUGACGAAUAUCCCCACGUCGACGGCCCAGGAUACUCGAAACGGUAACAGCAUGGUUUACCAACCGCAAUACGGGAACGCCAGGGGUUCGCCAUCGCCCAGUCGACCAGCCAGCACUUCGUCCGCCGCUUCCCAAUGGCAAUCGACGGUUCCGGCUUCGGGUGAAGCUUUCUUCCCGCGACAAGAGAAUUGGAGCUCGGAGGUAUACGGCAAGAGAAGCGUGACUCCCACGUGGACCGAGCUAGGGGUUCAGUUGGACAGUAGGAAUCCGUCGUGGGAGAGACAGAGUGGUAACUGUUACCAGAAGAAAGGCUCUCCUACCUCGUGGAACGCGGAUUACGUUGGAAAGAGACCAUCCUCGACGACAGGAGUCUCACCUUGGAGCGAGAUGUCGGUUGGAUAUCAGCAGCAACGUCGAGGUUCUCUGCAGUUGUGGCAAUUUUUGGUCACCUUGUUGGACGAUCCAGCGAACGCACCUUGCAUCGCGUGGACCGGUCGCGGAAUGGAGUUUAAGCUCAUCGAACCGGAAGAGGUGGCUCGUAGAUGGGGCGUUCAAAAGAAUCGACCGGCGAUGAAUUACGACAAAUUGAGCAGGUCGUUGAGGUACUACUACGAGAAAGGGAUAAUGCAGAAGGUAGCGGGAGAAAGAUACGUGUACAAAUUCGUCUGUGAUCCGGAAGCGCUUUUCAACAUGGCGUACGGAUCUGCGGGAUCGUCCGGGCUUCCCAGUGAAGUACAAAAUGGUGUUCGAAGUCAAUCGAUAUCCGGGAAAAUAUCGUCGUCGAACGAUGUGUCCGAUAUAUCGAAACAUCCUACCGCUGGUUACGGCGAUGCGGUCCUUGCUAUGUACUCGAACACAGCAGCAGUGUACGGGCCAUCGAGUUUGCAUCAUCUGCACCAAUAUCUCGGUGGAAACGAGGGUUUCAAAGCACCAUCGAAUAGAUACCAUUCUCAUUAUUCGCACGAGUACAACAGCACCCAUCAUCAUCCGCCAUCGAGUUACGCAGAGACCUUCCUAAACUACGGUCGUUUGUCGUCCCACGACGCUCCGACCGAAUCGAGGAUCCCGUAUCCCGCGCAGGAAACAUCAGAAGGUAUCAGCAGAGAACGAGAGACCUCAUCGAUUUUAUACGAUGGUGUGCAGAGAUCGCAAUUACCGGCCGCUUCUACGCUCUCGCAGCCAACCUUGCUAGACGCUACCACCACCAGCUCCAAGAUCGAGCAAACUUCUUACGCCUGCCUCGGUGUGGGUAGCUGCGUCUGCUGAAUCUCUUUCCACGUUACCGAAAGACGGAAAGUCGCCGCCUUUUCGACUUUUCGACUAAAUAUCUAGUCAUAGAUCGCCCCGUACUCCGUACGCGUUCUACAUUUGUAUAGAUGCUUGUGUAUAACGCGUGCAGGUGUUAAAUGGAACGCGUAAUUUGAAUUUCAACGAGGCAUGCGUUAUCCAUGAUCGCACGAUGCUUCUAAUUUACAAGAAAAUUAGAAGCAAUUUCUUUACAAUUUGAUCCUUGUGCAAAUGCAAAGCGUCGAAUGUUGUUGAGCGAUCAUAGAUAAUUGUAACGAUCCAGACUUGAAUUGCGGGCGCCAUGAAUCUUGUAAAUAGAAAAAUUUGAAGGUGUUACGAAUCGUUAAAAAUCGAGUAAUCCCCUUCCCCCUCCCCUUUCCCCCGCCCUGUAGGGAGAUCCAAUCGCUUGUGAUCGUUGUUACAUGCCCGUGUCCGAGUAGUUCAUCAGGAUACUGUAACUUCUGUAAAUAUCGAAUAAAUCUAUUGAAACAAUCUCAA